UGAGGAAAGGAGUCAGCAAUGACUGAUGUGGAGCCUGUGGUCACAGAUUUUGCAGCAUCAGGACGGGCAGGCCGCCGGAACGCCUUACCAGAUAUUCUGGGCUCUCCUGCUGGUGCUGGGACUUCAGACCUGCCACACAAACUGGCUGAGCUCUCUGUUUCAGAAGAUGAAGGAGCAGAGGGUGGAGAAGUGCCAUCAUCCAAAGCCUUGCUGGAAAGUCAAGAGGCAGAAGGAAAAAGCAAUGAUUCCUAACACCUAAGGACUGCUGGAUUAAUGAAACCCAUCGACAGACUUUCCAGUUUCCCUGUGUCACCCCUUCUGAAGUGUGGUAGCAAUUUUAGCAGCACAGACAAUAUUUUGCAACACACUUGUACCUAGAUGACAUUAACGUGGAACUACUGUUUUUUUCUACUGUUGUCCUUCAAAACCAAUGCUCUACACAUCCAAAUGGGAAGAGAACUAAAGAAUGUAUCUCUUGUUUUGGGUUUUCUCAUGGUUAUAGUAUUCAUCCUAACUAAUCUUCUUUGACAGUUUCAAUUAAUAUACCUAGCAGAUGUACCACCAACUAAUGAUUGAUUUAAAAUAAAAAUCCUGUUUCUUAAUUUCCCAAAAUAGCUUCUUUCUCUCUGACACAGAGGUGUAUUCACUCUCCCCACCUUAAGAUGAUAUUAAGUAUAUAUUAGAUUACAGACAUUAUCUGUAAUUUAUCUCCUGAGAUUUUUGUUCUCAUUAGGCAUAUGUAGAUGGGUGUGAGAAAUAAAAAAAGAAACAAUUUUUUUCUCUCCUCCUCCUGUCUCCAAAAGGUUUUGUAAACUACUUAAACACCAAUGUUUGUUUUCAAACUCUCUUUAAACUCUAUUUGAUUAUGGCAGAUCAUCUCAGUUCUCCCACUCUUAGCAGUCUUGCCACUUCUGUCAUUUCUGUUUUCAGGCUGAAUAUUGUAGCUGUUCAUGUGUAUCUAAAAUAGCCAUGUUUGCAAGUGAUUAAAAUUGUUUAAUCUCACUGUGGAAAUUAAAUAG